AUGUUGGUGAGAUUAUUUAAAGCACCUUUGAUUGAGGAUGGCAAAGAACCUGUCAAUUAAGGAGUUUCCAAGUGUAAAGAUCUAAUAGCUAGAAAUAUUUUGAGACAUAGACCUUAAUAAUCUUACAAUACAGAAUUAGCUUCUACAGUAGAAUACAAAUAUUUAAUAUGUAUAGAUAUACAAUUAGAAUAAGUUAUGUGUAUGAUAGAAUCUGAAAAACGAACUCUUUCGUUAGAGAACUAUCAAAUGUGA